GAGAAUAAUGGAAGUGGAGAAUAACGAGCAAGAAAUUAGAAUUGCUAUGUCAUGCCUUCAAGAAAAUAUAAGAAAGUUGUAUGUGGCAGCCGAGAAGGGUUGUAUUGAAAGCUUGAAGACACUGAUAGAAGAAGAUCCAUGUAUCAUUCAAAAAGUUGUUAUUAGCUCUUCCAACAACAAUGAGAAUCGUCAUCCAUUAUUGCACCUCUCUAUUUCCAAUGGCCAUCUUGAAUUCACUCGACUCCUAAUUCAUUAUGAGCCUCAACUUGCUGCUGAGGUUGACUUGCUUCAACGAACCCCCCUCCACCUUGCUUCUAAACUUGGAGAAACAGAGAUUGUUGAAGCUUUAUUGUUGGAGAAAAACAUGAAUUCUUACUUUGUUUACGACAGUGAUGGGUUGAUUCCUCUUCACUAUGCAGUCCUUUCUGGACAAACUGAUAUAAUGCAAAAGCUGAUCAAAGCAAGACCAAGAUCUCUUUGGAUGAAGCUUAAGAACAAUGGUCAAACGGUUUUACAUUUAUGUGUUGAGAGUAACCAUUUGGAAGGGAUGAAGUUUCUUAUUGAAACAUAUGUAAAUGAUGAUGAAGACUUCCUUAACACAAUCGAUGAUAAUGGAAACACUAUUUUAGAUCUGUCAAUGAUGCUCGGACAAAGAAAGAUGGUGGGAUAUUUACUUUCGGCUCUAGAAGUAAAAACAGAAACAAGCAUCAUUACAAACUUGGAAGCAUCUGAUGACACACAUGAAAGUUUAGAACUCCAAAAACUAUCAAACACAAGAAAUCCCAGAGGAAAAAAAUCACGAAAACAUGGAUUGAAAAAUACGUCUAAGCUGCGAUGGAGGGCAUGGAGAAUGAAUUUGAAGUAUAAAGGGGAUUGGUUUCAAGAAGUGCAAGGCACAAUGAUGCUUGUGGCUACGGUCAUUGCGACCGUCACUUUUCAAGCCGGACUGAACCCUCCUGGUGGCGUUUGGCAACAAGACACACCAUUUAACUCUUCCAGCUACUUCAAUAAUGAUCCAUAUUAUAGACCAUUUAAUUCUUCCAGCUACUUCAGUUAUUAUCCAUAUGAUAGUCCGAGAAUACCAUUAGGUAAUAUUUUUCCAGCUGGAACUGCAAUCAUGAUGUAUUUCAAACCCUACAGAUAUUCGUAUUACAUGCAGGUGAACACAAUCUCGUUUUUGGCAUCCAUAAGUGUGAUUUUAUUGAUCGUUGGCCGGUUUCCUUUGAAAAAUAAGAUCUGUAGCUGGUUGUUGGCAUUGGCCAUGUGUGUUGCAGUGGUGACCUUAGGAAAUGGGUAUUUUUCUGGAGUUGCAAUGGUUAACUACAGUGGCAUGAAUGAUUCUUUAAGUGCAUUCAAUUCACUUUAUUUUCUAGCUAUCUCCUGCCUUGGGUUAGUUAGAGUGACUGGCGUAUGGCACAUCCUUUCCUUUAAGUUAUGGAUUGUCAAGACCUUAUUCAGCACUUUCAUCUCUAAGCUUAAAUUCUACUGCUCCAAACGCACCACACCUUGAAGAUACUCUCAAUCAGAUGGUGAAGGUUCCGGAUUGGAUGGUGAAGACGUCAGUUCACAUGUUGACCUCUCCUUUUCACAACGGUUUAACUAAACCCUUGAGUAGGAUAUUUACAUAAUUAGUUAAUAUAUGGUGUCUUAUUUCAUCUCAUAGGUUCAUGGUUGUAAAUUGGAUUAUAUUUUUGUUACUACAACAAAAUAUGGAGGGAUAUUGUCUUAAAAAGGAAGAAAUUAAUAUAAUUUUUCAAAUUUUAAAGCAAGCAA